UGAGUUUUGCAACUGGCCUUGGUUCUAUGAAUGCAACUCCACAAGUCGGUGUAGUCUUGGGAAAAGUCGCCUGGGAUAGAGGAGGUCUGCUUCGCUGCGUCGCCUGCAGCGAGGUGUGGUAUUGCAGCUCAAGGGUUGAACUUUGCGUGGCGAAUGCUGGGCACCAGAGGAGAGCCUCGCUUCCACCGCAGCAGCUGCAGGCUGGUGAGGUUGCUCGGCCUUGGCUGUAGUGGCGGACGGCAGUUUUGACACAGCGGGAAGGAAGGAGGGAUCGUCGAGAGGCACGUGUGAAAAAAUACAGAGAACGCAAGUAUUCGACCGGCGCCGGAAAAAUCAAUAAACCAGCUCAGUCCGGAGCCACCGCCAGUGCAGCCCGGAUGCUUCUCUGUUCCACGCGUGCUCCCCUCAUCCCUUUCCGCUUUGAGUUCGAAACAGCAAGCAUCGCAGCGUGUGGAUACAUGGUCAUCGUGCAGCUGUCACUGGGUCAGUGAACGUAGUUCCAGGUCGGGGAUUGCUGCGCUAUAACUGUAGAGGCGACAAACGCGAAGACAGCAUGGCGUCCGAAACGACUGAACCCUGCCUAGUGAACCUCCACAUGACGCCGCUUCAGGCGAGCCACGGUGCUCAGGAACUGGCCAGAUCCGGCGUCGAGUUGCCGAGCUGGAUCCAGCACUGGGCGAUCAUCUUCCUGUGGCAACAAAAGGACCGUGCCCUGCGAGUCGAAGGCAUGGAGGAGGACGACAAGUGCGAGGUCAAGGUCAAGGAGAUGAGCUUCCAGGAGGGGCUGGACCAACCGGGAACCAAGGUCGAGUGCGGCGCUUACCCAUUGACGAUUGAACAAGUGAAAAAGGUAGCCGAGGAAAAUGGUGCCAAUCCACCAGACUACAACGAGCUUACGGCUAGCUGCCAGACUACGGCCAAGGAGAUUCUCUCGGACCUGGGCAUUACAAUCGGAACGCAGAGUGCACUCGAGUCUGCGCUGACCUUUGCGCUGACCUUUUUGCUGUCCCUGGGUGGAGACGGUGCUGCGGAAAGGUUGCAGUCUGCCCUCAAGGAGACAGCGCGUUAGCCACCACAGCCAAAGUAAAUAACUGCAGAAAAUGCUGGCACAUGUGCCAAAAGGAAAGCACACAGUUGUGGUGGAGCAAAAACCACGAACAUUCUAAAGAAAUAGGAUGGCAUUCAGAGUAU